CGCGGCUAACGGUGCGGGGCCCCUGCGAGAGCAUCAGAGACACCCAGUGACUCACGGGCCGGGGGUGCACGCAUUCCAGGAUUGAGAAGUUGGUAAAGAAUACCCCUGGGAUGCAGGGACCAAUCCAAGAUGACGACCUUCCUACCCUGAGACCUUUCCUCGUAAUUUCAGGGCAGAAAUUUCUGGAAAGGAGCAGAUCCUGGGACUGUCGCUAGACUGGUUUCUGAUCCUCCAGUCUUGAGGACAGAACUUGGCUCUGCUUUCUCAAGACUCUGCCCUUCAGGAAAGGAGCACAGAGAAAGGAGGGAGAAAUGGCGUCCUCAAUGCUGCCAGCCAGAUACCAGGAAUCAGUGACUUUCCAGGAUGUGGCCGUGGACUUCACAAGGGAGGAGUGGAAGCGUCUGGAUGCGGCUCAGAGAGACCUGUACCGGGAUGUGAUGCUGGAGAACUAUCAGAACCUCGUGUCCUUGGGUCUUCUAGUUUUCCAAUCAGAUGUGAUCUCCCAGUUGGAGAAUGGUGAAGUGCCCCUGAUGCCAGGGGGAGAAGUGCUAAGAGGCGCUUGUGCAGGUUCUGUUAAUCAGGAGAUGAGGAGUGAAUCCAAGGAGGCUCUUCCAGAGAAGGAUAGUUUUUUGAGACUUACAAAGGAUGAUCCUUGGAAUUGCAAUUUGGGAGAAGGCUGGAAAUAUGAUGUCAGAAAGCAGAAAGACAAGCAGGAGAGGAAAUCCAAGCCAGUGACAGUCAUCCGUGAAUAUAAUGUGUUUGGGCAAAAGUUCAGCCUGGGGUCAGUCCUUGUUUCACAAGAGAGAACUACAACAGAAAACGGUCUCUUUAAAUCUGGUGUCCAUGGAAAGAGCUCUAAACAGUAUUCAAGCAUUCUUAAAUGUCCUAAAACCUCCUCAGGUAAGAAACAUUGGAAGUUCAGCAAACCCAAGAAGUCUUUUAGCUUCCACUCUGACCUUAUUCAAUAUCAUAAAAAACUUAUAGGAGAAAAAACAUGUGAAUGGAAUGAAAGUGCAAAAGCCUUGAGCAAAAAGCUAUCUAUCAGAGGACAUCAGAAAAUUUAUAGUGGGGCAAAACCUUUUGUACACAAUGAGUUUAGAAAAGACUGCAUACAGAGGGGAAAGCCUAGUAUUCUUAAGAGAAUUCGCCAAGGAGAGAAAUCCUUUGAAUGUAAUGCAUGUGGGAAAUACUUCAGCAAAAGCUCAUCAUUGAAGAGACAUCAGAGAAUUCACACAGGAGAGAAACCCUUUGCGUGUGAUGAAUGUGGGAAAACCUUCAGGCAAAACUCAUCAUUGAGCAGACAUCAGAAAAUUCAUGCUAGAAGGAAACCCUUUGCAUGCAAUGAGUGUGGGAAAGUCUUUAUAGAGAAAGGAAAACUUACUGAAUAUCAGAUAAUUCAUGCAGGAGAGAAACCCUUUGAAUGUAAAGACUGUGGAAAGGCCUUCAGUGCAUCCCUUAAAGAGCAGUGGAAACUUUAUACCGAAGAGAAACAAUUCAAAUGUAAUGAAUGUGGGAAAUUCUUUAGCAAUAGCUCAUCACUUAAAGGACACGUGAAAAUUCAUACUGGAGAGAAACCCUUUGUUUGCAAUGAGUGUGGCAAAGCCUUCGUAGAGAGAGGAAGACUUACUGAACAUAAGAGAAUUCACACUGGAGAGAAACCUUUUGCUUGUGAUGAAUGUGGGAAAGCCUUCAGCAAAAGCUCAUCGCUUAGGGGGCAUCAGAGAAUUCAUACUGGAGAGAAACCCUUUACUUGCAAUGAGUGUGGGAAAGCCUUCAUAGAAAAAGGAAACCUUAGUGUACAUAAAAGAAUACAUACUGGAGAGAAACCUUUUGAAUGUAAUGAAUGUGGGAAGACCUUCUGCAAAAGCUCAUCACUUAGGAAACAUCACAGAACUCAUACUGGAGAGAAACCUUUUGUGUGCAAUGAAUGUGGGAAAGCCUUUAUAGAAAAAGGAAGACUUACUGAACAUAAGAGAAUUCAUACUGGAGAGAAACCCUUUGAAUGUAGUGAAUGUGGGAAAGCCUUCAACCAAAGCUCAUCCCUUAGGAAGCAUCAGAGACUUCAUACUGGAGAAAAACCCUUUACAUGUCUUGAGUGUGGAAAAGCCUUCAUACAAAAAGGAAACCUUAGUGUACAUAAAAGAAUUCAUACGGGAGAGAAGCCCUUUGAAUGUAAUGAAUGUGGGAAGACCUUUCGAACCAGCUCUUCUCUAAGGAAACAUGAAAGAGUUCAUGCUGGAGAGAAAAUAUAAAACCGUGAUUAAUGGGGAUAGCCUUUACCUAUGCCAUAAGCCUUAUAAUUUAUUUGAAGAUUUGAUACAGCAGAGGAGCCCACGGAAUGUAAUAAAUGUGCAAAGGCCCGAAGCACCAGCUUAUCUUUUCGUUCUUAAGAAUCUGGCUUCCAAGGGGCAGGUAGAUGGCACAGUGAAUAGAGCUCUGGCCUUGGAGUCAGGAGGACCUGAGU